ACAAAAGAUCGUAUCUUACGUUAAGGCGUAGAUUUACGUGAAAAUCUACGGGUGCCCUAUAGCAACCGUAGAGAGGCACGUAGCUUUACAAAAAUGGCGUCAGCCUUAUUUCUUCGACGAGCACUUCGGAGAGAAGGUGUAUUUCGCGACAGAGGUCAACCCCUAGACAUGUUGGACGAUGUCGACCUUAUUUCUAGAUACAGAUUUCCUAGGAGAGUUUUAUUAGAAUUGAUUGAUGGUGUUGAUGCCCAUUUAGGACCCGUAACGAAUAGGUCCCACUCAAUUCCUACACAGCUGCAGGUUUUGUGCACACUGCGAUACCUAGCUAAGGGAGAUUUCUUCUCAGAAGUGGGAGAUAUACAUGGGAUUUCAAAAUCUUCACUCAGCGUAUUCCUCCCUCGAGUGUGCAGAGCUUUAAAUCUGUUCUUGGACAACAUCAUCUUUCCAAGUAACGCACAGAUAUUAAUUAGGAUGAAGGAGGAAUUCUAUGGGAUCGCAAGAUUUCCGAAUGUUGUGGGUGCCAUAGACGGUACACUCAUUCCUAUACGUGGAAUGAGUGGAGAGGAUGAGCCUAUCUUUGUAUGCAGGAAGAACUCCCCUGCCUUAAAUAUACAAGGAGUAGUGAAUGCAAAGAUGAGGUACAUUUAUUUCUACAGAGGACUUAAGGCAGUCAGCACGGACAAAAAGACCGUCUUUUCAAAUUAUAUUCAUGGGCAUAUCAGAAUCUCAAUCUAAAAUAAUUCAAAACUUUUCCGAUAAAGGGCUUGGAAACUACAACUCCGAGUCAUUAUCCUCUUUGUUUAUAUGAUAUAUUAUUUGUAGAUUCAUUAACAUCAACUGUAGGUUCCCAGGAAGCACACAUGAUGCCUACAUUUUUCAGAAUUCAAGUGUUCCUGGGAUAUUAGAAAAUUUACCAGGAGGGGGAUGGUUACUGGGGGAUUCGGGUUAUCCUCUUAAGGAUAACCUGAUGACCCCAUUUGGGAACCCUGCAACAUCUGCUGAGGAGCGCUAUAAUGAGGCCCAUUGUAAGACGAGGAAUGUGGUGGAGCGUUCAUUUGGUGUCCUGAAGGCAAGAUUCAGGUGUUUACACAGCAGCGGAGGAUACUUUCCUUUUAAACCAGCAAAAUGCUCAUUAGUAAUAGAGACCUGCAUUAAAUUGCAUAAUAAGGCAAUUGAUGCGAAGAUGCCUUUGCGACAAGGUGGUGCUGUAGCAAACCAACAGAAUAGUGCUAUCUACCAUGGAGCAGUCCCAUAGACAGCAAGAGACUUGAGACAACAACUGGCAUCACGACUUUAAUUUUGGGCUAACAGUGCUGUCUAAAAAAAAAAAAUAAAUAUCCAGUAAGACUAAUAUACGUGUGAUUUUUUUUGUGUUUAUCUAUGUUUGAGGAAAGAAUUUAAUAGCUACCCUAGUUAUACUGGUAUAACCUUGGUUGGGGUAGUUUAUGUUUUUGACACAAGUCAUCAUGACAUAGGCAACACAGGUUCUAUGAUACAGUUUAUUUCUUUUUUAUCCAAUCAAAUGAUGCCUUACCACAAAAAUUUGAUUAUUACUUUAUGUACAAAUACUGAGGUAAUAUUAAAAUUUCAAAGUUGGUCAUUCAUUAUAUCUGGUAUGUAGAAAAAGAAGAACAUUUAUAUGGUAUGAAUAUUACCGGGGUGUAUUUAAGGA